AUGAACCUCGACGCGUGGGGCGCGCCGCCGCAGAUCCGGUCGUUCCAGGGCGGUCACCUCCGCGGCAUCACCCAGAACCUGGACCACAUCCAGUCCCUGGGCGUAAACUGUCUCUACCUCACCCCGGUGUUCCUCUCCACGGCGAACCACCGGUAUCAUCCGAGCGACUUCUUGAAGGUGGACCCGAUGCUCGGCGGCGAGGACGCGUUCAGAGAGCUCGUGGACGAGUGCCACGCGCGCGGGAUGCGUUUCGUGUUGGACGGCGUGUUCAACCACACCGGCCGCGGGCACUGGGCGUUCACCUCGCUGCUCGACGCGCAAGAGCAGUCGCCGUACAGAGAUUGGUUCCUUCCCAAGUCGUUCCCGGUGCGCGCGUACGACGUCGAGCGCUACCACGUCAACUACGAGUGCUGGUGGGACCUGCCCGACCUCCCGAAGCUGAACUUCGACAACGCGGGCGUGAGACAGCACGUGUUGGACAUCGGGAGGUACUGGGUCAAGGAGUUUAACAUCGACGGGUGGCGUCUGGAUUACCCGAUCGAGAUUCCGCCGGCGUUUUGGAAAGAAUAUCGCGCGGUAUGCCGCGAGGAAGCCCCGCACGUCGUGACCGUCGGCGAGCUGUUCGGGAUAAACCCGCAAGCCGUCGGCGAGGGCGGGCACUUCGACUCGCUCAUGAACUACUCGUUCGGGACGUGCGCGUUGGGUUUCGUCGGCGGCGGCGUGGAGCUCAGACAGGACGACGCCAUCGGCGGGGAUUACCAAGUCAUACCUCUGGACGCGGACGGAUUCCGGGCGGAGUACAGCCGCGUGUGCGGGGCGUACCAGAGCGCGCACGCGGACAGCAGAGACGGCGGGUUAGGAUUCGGCAGCGCGCACCCGUCGAUGUUGAUGAACUUGUUCGACUCGCACGACACCGCGCGCGCGAUGUGGAUGCUCGGCGGGGACGGUAAGGCGCUCAGGCUGCUGAUUCUCAUGAUGGCGUGCGCGCCCGGGCCGCCGAUGAUGUACCAAGGCACGGAGGUUGGCCAGAUCGGCGCGCUCGGUUUGGAAGGCAGCGGCCGCGACCCGCACAAUCGCGAGGCGUUUCCGUGGCAUAAAAAAGACGAGUGGGACGCGGAGACGCUCUCGUUCGUUCGCGCGACGGGGCGGAUGCGAAACGACACGUACGCGCUGCGAAGAGGCGGGCUGCGGUGGCGAGACGCGCGCGGGGUGGCGUCCGGGGAUCCGAACCCCGCGCUCAUCGUCUGGGAGCGGUUCUUCGACGACGCGACCGACGGCGACGACGCGCUCUGCGUGUUUCACGCCGGCAGAGGGAACCCGUCCGGACCGACGACUGUGGACACCGGGUUCGGACCGUGCGUCAAACUGUUCGCGCUGAUUCACAGCGGCGAGCGCGCUGCUUUAGGGGAAGACGCGCUCGUGACGGACGCGGACGGGAGGAUCACGAUCGACAUGGACGCGCAGAGCGGAUUGGUCCUCGUCCCGGCGCGAGGGUGA